ACGGUACUAAUCGGUAUGGCAGCGCUUAUAGUUCAACUACCACCAUCGUAUAUCACAUCUGGUUACUCCUCUAAUCAGUGGGAACCAGCCGCACUUUCAAAAAAUCUACCAAUCCUUUCCAUCUUGAGUGAGCAGAAGGUAGAAGGUCUUCGGCGGAGUAUUAGUGUUAACAUAAGGAUAAUAGGGCAAUACUAUGCCUAGGUCUUAUACUUAUGUCUAUCGAUGGACCUGCGAGAACUGCGGCCUCUCAGACCUUAACCUCAGCCUUGACAUAGCCUGCCCGAACCCGCACUGCGCUCACGCGCGCUGCAGAGGAUGUGAAGUUUUCACGGUCAAGGUUCUGUCCGAGCAUCCAGGCAAACCGCCUGUAACCUCACCCCAUUACCCUCGCAACGAUACAAAGCAUAAUGCUGCUGGCAUGCAGGCUAGACGACUUCCUUCCAGGCUCAACCCUCCAAGCUCAACGUCUCAAGGACCAUCUUCCUCAACGAGUGCUGAGCGCAGACCGCGUCGAGAUGAUGAUGCGAAGGCGACUUCCAUGCCAUCACGUGGCAUUUCAGAGUUCGUACAUCGAAGCCACCUUCGACGCUGCGUGGUCGAAAGCAGAAACUACACGGGAGAGGACGAAGGGACGGGAGGGCCGAUACGAGACACCGUCGCCUCUUGCGACAGCGAAGAGAGACCGAUGACGACUGCUGACAGCACUCACUCAUUCCACUCGAGUGGGAGGCAGGAAGCAAGCUUCUCAAACUGUGGCAGUGGCCCAGCUUCCAACAUCAGCAUGGAAGGACCGAACAAUUCGUCAACAGAGACAUCUUCGCCCAAGGCUGGUGGUUCUCCAGAUGACUCGGUUGACUCCGAUCUGCUUUCAGUUUCAGGGUGCUCAGGCAGCACCUCGCUUUCAGAUCGAAGCAGCCUUAGCGAGCGAGAUCUACAGCUGGGAGGAGCCAUUGUCCACCGUCUCGUGUCUGGCCAUCAAGCUGCCUCUAACAGCGCAAGUCCGGGAAGCGGAGCAACAGCACCGACAAAUUCAAGCGCAGCACCGAUGCUUAAUUCUCAAGCGUCCUCGUCGACUAGCAAAGGGAAGAGAUGCCUGUUGGAUGACAACGGCCUCGAGGACGGCGCAUCGAUCAAGCCGCCCAACAGAAAACGAGCAAUGGUUGGCUCCGGGAAGAGGCUGAAGAGGAUAUUUGCAUGUCCCUAUUGGAAGGCGGAUCCAGACAGACAGCGCCGCUGCUUUACCUUGAUUCUGAGCCGAAUCAAGGAUGUCAAGCAGCACCUUACCCGGAAACACUGCCCGGAGUUCUACUGCGACCGCUGCUCAACAAUCUUCCCGGACGACCAGAGGCACCGGAAACAUAUCGACAACCCUGAUGGCCUCUUCUGCAGGCCCUCUUCGGUGCUGGACGGCCUCUCUCACCAGCAGCGGUCCAGGCUUCUGCGGAAGGCGGAUCCUAAGCUGUCGGAAGAGGAACGAUGGUUCGCCAUCUGGGAUAUCGCCUUCCACGGUCGUGCUCGGCCUUGCUCUGCGUACCGGAACGCUGAUGACUCGGAGGAAUUGUGCUCGUUCCACGAGUACUGUCACACCCACGGACCGGCCUUGCUGGGAAGCGAGAUUGAAUCUAUGAUGCAGAGCGGCCGUUGGUCAGGGCCCGAACUAUCCGCAGACGACAUACAACGCAUACUCAGAUACGUCUUUGAGGAGGCCUUUGACCACAUGUAUGGGGGGUGGCACUCUAGAGCUUCAGAUGCAGCACAGGCCGACACUGAGCUUGUUUCGGGCCCGCAACUGACACCACCAGCCGUUUCCUCAUUGCCAAGUUUGCCGACCAGUGGCCUGGCUACGAACGCACAGUUGUCUAGCUCCCACUCCCAGCCGGAAGUCCAAGAACAACUUGUGGAGGCAAGUGCUGGUGGUAUUGGUCCUGAGGGGGUGUCAAAUGAUCAAACAGGACCAGCAUGGGAUGAUGAACAAGGGUUCGGCUCGUGGGAUCUGUACUGGGGGGUGGAUUAAAUCCGGUCUUUCAUGGCAUCGGAACUACUCGCGAUCUGGUAAUUCGCGCCGGCCCUGCCGGGUGAUUAUUGGCCUAGCAGGAGCAGAAAAGUGCGGGGACGGAAAGAGACAGGAACAAUAGAGACCAGCGAUAGGAAGAUCAGAGGUAGGGAAAGCUAAGGUAAGGUACCUUAGCUGACUGU